AUGACACACAAUUCAUACCUUGACAUUGUGCGCUCAACGUUACGCAGACCAACUCUUCUGUUCAGACGAAACUUUGACGAACUUAUGACAAACACGUUCAAUCCGUACAUUGCUGGCGAAGUCAAUUCAAACACCGACAUUCAAUUUAUGACGGAUGAAUACAGCUGCGCAGAGUAUGUUGUGGAGUACUUAAAUAAAUCAGCUCGUGGAAUGGGCAAUCUACGUCAUGAGCUUACUACGAUGAUGCAAGAGCAUCCCGAACGGGACUACACAGACCAGUUGAAAGCUUUAAGCAUCAAGCUACUUAACGCUGUCGAGAUGUCAGCGCAAGAAGCAGCAUGGUAUCUCCUACGUCAACCAAUGAGCGAGACAAGUCGUCAAGUUGCGUAUAUUCCAACAGUAUGGCUGACGGAAAGACAACGUUGCCGCAAACGUCGUCAACAAAUGGCCCGCGAAGGGCUUGACAAAAACAGUACUGAUGUCUGGACCAAAAACAUAAUCCAGCGCUAUGAAGAGCGUCCUGCAUCUUUAGAACAAGUGUAUUUAGCUGAGUUUGCAUCGUGGUAUGCUAAAGCUAAUGAUUUCGUUGACGAAGAGGACGACGUGAACGUGGAUGGCGAAGAAGAUCUAGAAAGUAAACCCGCAGCAAGAACGUCAAGAGCACAAAAUCAAUACCGCAAACGACUAAUCGGACGUGUAUACGGUACAGACAUUACGACAUGGACGAAACUGUCAAUUAUAAACGAGAAAUGGUUCUAUUAUACGUACAAUUCCGCAACGAAUUGUUAG